UCAGCUCUCAUGGAUAUAUUUCUGCUCCUGUUGGUCCUUCUGUCUGAAGCAGCUUCUGACCUGAUUGAGCUAACAGCACAUCCUGGAGAUGAUGUCAUUCUGCCAUGUCAGGCUGCUGAUCCCUCCAUCAGAGCUGUAGAGUGGACCAGACCUGACCUGGAGGAGCCAGAAUAUGUCCUCUUAUACAGAGACGGACACCUGGAUCCAACCUACCAGCAUCCAUCCUUUAAGGACAGGGUGGAGCUGGUGGACAGAGAUCUGAAGGACGGAGACGUGUCUUUAAUUCUGAAGAAUGUGAGCAGACACGACGCUGGAACAUACGAGUGUCGAGUUGCAUCAGGUGGUUCCAGACAUAAAAAGAGAGGCAUCAUCGACUCUGAGCCAAUCAGAAUCAUCCGUCUGCAGGUUACAGAUCCAGACCUGAUUGAGGUAACAGUGCAUCCUGGAGAUGAUGUCAUUCUGCCAUGUCAGGCUGAUGAUUCCUCCAUCAGAGCUGCAGAGUGGACCAGAACUGACCUGGAGCCACCAGACUACAUCCUCUUAACCAUUGUCGGACACCUGGAUCCAACCUACCAGCAUCCAUCCUUUAAGGACAGGGUGGAGCUGGUGGACAGAGAGCUGAAGGACGGAGACGUGUCUUUAAUUUUGAAGAAUGUGAACAGCAUCGACGCUGGAACAUACGAGUGUCGAGUUAAACCAGAUGGUUCAAGACGGAAAAAGAGAGCCAACAUUGACUCUGAGCCAAUCAGAAUCAUCCGUCUGCAGGUUACAGGUUCUGAGGAUGGAAACUCCUCUCCUGGAGGCAGAUACCUUGGACUGGCAGCAGCUGUUGUAACUGUUGCAGUGGCUGGUGUCCUGACAUAUAAAAGACUUAAGGACAAGAGAUCAGGACCGUCUGCUGAUGAUGAUUAUAAAGCAUCGGCCGCUCAGUUCAGAGCUCUUUACACCUGACUGAUUUCUCACGUGUUGUAUAUUAAAGACUCCUCUUACUGUGGGUGUGAUGUCAUGUUUAAAUCUGCUGUUUGUUUUUUCUCAACCAAUCUCUUCCCUCUAUGAAAUCCACAUACUUUUUAUAAAGUAAAAGUACUGUUAGUACAAAGACAUUUUACUCAAGUCAAAGUU